AACAUGCGAAUGCAUUUGGCAAGUUUUAUGUUUUGUUUAGCUCUUGCUACAGGAGCUAAGAUCUCACCAUUAUGGAGGAAGCAUCAGCUAGAAGAAUCUCGAAGUAUUAGUGAAAGUCCUGAAAAGGUUAUGGUAUUAUCACACAAUGAAUUCCUUUCGGAAGAAUUGCCCCAAAAUCGUGAAAACACUGAUGAUGAUGAAACCAAAUCAAUUAACGAAUCAGAUGAAGAUACUGACGAACAAUUUGAUGAUACACCUGGAGCGUUCUCAAGUCCACGACCAUAUUUGGAUAGACUUUCGACAAUAAGCAGUAUUAUCAAAAACAACAACAAUAACAAAAGUAAUCGCAUUCACAAAUACUAUCCCACUGAUGUUCACAAUCAAGGAAGUGGUACUGGCUACCCCUUCCAAACGCUUCCAUCACCAAAUCAAAUGCCAAAUAAUUCUCCACCAAUGGUAAUUCCUUAUCCAUUCAUACCACAGCCUUGGGUUAAUCUAGCAAAUCAGAUGCAACAUCAAUGCUGUUGUAAUUCAGGAGCUUUGAUGUCUCCGAACUCAUUGGCAGAACCAAUGAAUCUUGCCAGAAUUUGGAAUCCAUCGAUUCCAUUAAGCUUUCCAAAUUUCCCAAGUCUACCUAAUAUGGAUUUUGCCCUACAAGCUAAUUUCGCAUCAGGAAAUGGUAAUAGUGGACCGUCGGUAGUAAGUUACGAUCGUGAAGCUGGCCCACCUGGGCCACCUGGUCCACCCGGACCGAUGGGUCCAAUGGGGCCAACCGGAAGACCUGGCCGCCCGGGACCUCAGGGUCCUCCUGGUCCACCAGGAUUACCGGGAGUAUUAGGAAUCUCAUCAACAGUAAGUCCAAUAGCACAACAGCAGUAUUGGUACGCUCAGAAUAAGCAUACGGCCAAAGCAGAUAAAAUUGCCGAACAAAAUGUUUAACUUCAGUUCAAGAAUGUAUGUAAAAUAAAAACAAAACUUAUUCAAAACUA